GGGACGGGCCGGGGCGGCGGCGGUAGCGGAGCGCGAGCCGCCCUGUGCCCCACAGGUGCCAGGGGAUGCCGGGAUGCCGGUGCCCGCGUGCCCGCAGCGCCCUGCCCUGAGCCCGGAGCCUGGCUGUGCCAUGGAGGAUCCGCCCAGCACCAGGACCGAGGCGUGGGCCGAGGGGCUCCACAAUGCCAACAACAACGCGUCCCCGGGGGGGUGGCCGGCUGCCCGCGGCGGGCACCCCCUGGCAGCUUUCGGGAGCCCCGGGGCCAAGCCCAGCUACCUGGACCGCGUGGUGCAGGAGAUCGUGGAGUCAGAGCGCACCUACGCCCGCGACCUGCGCAGCAUCGUGGAGGGUUACCUGGGCAAGAUCAUCGACGCGGAGGAGCCGGUGCUGCGGCCGGAGCAGGUCAGCGCGCUCUUCGGGAACAUCGAGGACAUCUACGAGCUCAGCAGCACCCUCCUGCAAAACCUGGAGAGCUGUGCCAAUGACCCCGUGGCUGUGGCCGUGUGCUUCGUCACCCGGAGCCAGGAAUUUGCCAUCUACACCCAGUACUGCAACAACUACCCCAGCUCGGUGGCAGCACUGACCGAGUGCAUGAGGAGCAAGGUCCAGGCACGGUUCCUGCGGGAAUGCCAGGAGCGGCUGCGCCACGCGCUGCCCCUCGGGGCCUACCUGCUUAAGCCUGUCCAGAGGAUCCUCAAGUACCACCUGCUGCUCCAGGAGAUCGCCAGGCACUUCGAGCACAAGGCGGGGGACGACUACGAGCUGGUGCUGGAGGCCAUCGACACCAUGACCUGCGUGGCCUGGUACAUCAAUGACAUGAAGCGCAAGCACGAGCACGCCAUCCGCCAGCAGGAGAUCCAGUCGCUGCUGCUGGGCUGGAAGGGGCCGGACCUGACGAGCUACGGGGAGCUGGUGCUGGAGGGCACGUUCCGGGCACAGCGGGUGCGCCACGAGCGUGCCCUCUUCCUCUUUGACAAGGCCCUGCUCAUCACCAAGCGCCGGGGCGACCACUAUGUCUACAAGAGCCACAUUCCGUGCUCCUCGCUGAUGCUGAUUGAGAGCACGCGGGACUCGCUGUGCUUCAGCCUGGCACACUACAAGCACGGCAAGCAGCAGCACAGCCUGCAGGCCAAGAGUGUGGAGGAGAAGCGCGUGUGGACUCACCACAUCAAGAGGCUCAUCCUGGAGAACCACCACGCCACCAUCCCCCAAAAGGCUAAGGAAGCCAUCCUGGAGAUGGACCUGUUCUACCCCCCACGUCUGCCCCGCUGCAGCCCCGAGCGCCUGAAGAAGAGCUGGUCCUGCCAGCCCCUGGGAGAUGCUGCCACCGAGCCACUGCAGGGACGCCGGCAGUCGGAGCCCUUCCAGCACCAGGGGCACACGGAGACGCUGCUGGAGCGGCUGCAGGGACAUGAGGGGCGCAGGCAGUCGGGUGUGGACAACAGACGGGAUCAGGGGGCUCGGGGUGCUGAUGAGUUGGGGGACACGGGGGUGAUGCCACUGUCAUCUCCCCUCCCCACAGAGCCCACCAAGCACAACCUGUGGCACCUGGGCGAGCAAGGGUUGAAGAACACCAGCAGCGACGGCGCACUCCUGGAAGCGGGGGAGCCACCCCAGCACCCCAGGGCCUGGAGAGUGGCUGAGGGCGUGGUGGUGGAGGAAGAGGAGGAGAAGGAAGAGGAGGCUUUGGGCAAGGACUGCCAGGAGGAGCUGCAGGACACCAGGGAUCUGCUGUUAGAGCCCCAGGAGGAGCAGGCUGGGGGACCCCCAUGGGUGCUGGAGGGACCCAAGCGGCCGAGCAGCUGGGGGCCAGGGAGCUGUGAGAAGGUCAGUGCAAGCCCCCGGCCCUCACCCGGGGGUGCCCAGGGAUCCAGCAGCCACCCCCCUAACAGCAGUGCUGGGGAGCACCCCAAGGGCCCCAAAUCCCCGUCCCCGGUGGGGACCCUGGCGCUGCCCAGCGGGGACGGGGAACCGGAGCGCGCUGCGGAGGAUUUGCAGGUGCUGAGCAGCGAGGAGGAGGAGGAGGAGGAGGAAGAGGAGGAGGGGGAAGGUGCCGCCAGCAUCCUGCCGCCCUCAGUGCUGGACCAGGCCAGCGUCAUUGCCGAGCGGUUCGGCGGCGGCAGCAGCUUGUCCCGACGGAGCAGCCUGGCGCUGGAGGGGCCCCUGGGACGCACCCCCAGCCAUGGUGGCAGCACCCUCAGCCUGGAUGGGGGCCCCCCACUCGAAUCUGAGGAGCCCGGGGAGUCCCGCAGUGCCAUCCCCUCGCCCGAGCCCUUUGCCAGAGCCCGCCGGGAGUCGCUGCUCUCCAACCGGGACCGGCUGCUCCUCGACAAGAUCAAGAGCUACUAUGGCCACGCCGAGCACCGCGAUGCCAGUUUCGGGGUGCGCCGCCGCGAGAGCCUCUCCUUCAUUCCCAAGGGGCUGGUGCGGAGCUCCGUGUGCCGCCUCAAUGGGCUCCCGCGGCCCCCCGAGAGCCCCGAGCCCCCCACCCAGCCCGAGGCACCAGAGCCGUGCCAGGAGAACAGAGCGCUGGCACCAGAGCCGUGCCAGGAGAACGGGGCGCAGCCCCCCGAGCCGCUGCUCAUCCUGGAGGAAGAUGAUGUGGGCACCACGGCAUCGCCCCCGGGGCCACCCCCGCAGCUGCUGCUGACACCCCCUCACCUGGGCACCAAGGUGUACCAGCUGGCACGGCAGUACAGCCUCCGCAUCAAGAGCCGCCGCGCCGGCUCCCGCCGCCCCCCCCCCCCCCCCCCCCGGAGCCGCUGCUCAUCCUGGAGGAAGAUGAUCCCGCGGCUGCCGGAGCCCCCGGCCUACGUGCAGAUCCGCUCGCCCACCACGCGGGAGAAGAUCUGCCUGAAGGCGGUGGUGGAGCGCUGCAAAGCCUACCAGGCGUCCGAGGAGUACCGGCGGCGCUGCCCCGAGCCCCCCCACGGCCUCGUCAGGGACCUGCGGCAGAAGUUUCAGACGCUCGACGCUGCCAGCUAGGGGCGGGGAUGGGUAGAAGGGGUGGUCCUGUGGACCCUCAACCUUCCUGGGAGAAGGGGCACUACAUGGACGUCGAGUCUAGCUGGAAAAAGGGUCACCCCAUGGAUCCUCAAUCUGCCUGGGAGGAGGGGCACUGAAUGGAUCUGCAACUUACUUGGAAGAAGGGGUACCCCCGUGGACCCCCAGCCUGUUGGGAAGAAGAAGCACCCCACGGACACCUAGCUUGUCCAGGAGAAGGGGCACCCCAUGGCCCCUUAGUCCACAAGAAAAGGGGUGCCCCAUGGACUCCCCCAACCCACCUGGCAGAAGGAGCACCCUGGGGACUCUCAACGUGCUCUGGACAAGGGACACCUCCUGUUCUCUCUGCCCACAGGACCAGGGGCACCCCAAGAACCUCCUACUACAAGCACCAGAGGCCCCCGGUGCCCCACAGGCACCCAGCACUGCACCCUGCUCGCUUUCACAUCUUUAUUAGAAAAAAAAAAACCCAAACUGAA